AUGGAUUUCGUCUCCAUCGGUCCUGCCAGUCCACCACCUCGACGUCCAGCACAAUCGAAAAACUCUACCAGUACCAACUCGUCCUUGCCUCCUUUACUACCAACCAGCGAAUUAGCUUCAUCUCCAAGAAAAAAUGUCACUUCCUGGCCCUUAACAUUCGCUCCAACAAGCCCGAAACGCGUUCCAACCGAUUCUAUUGAUCUCGAUCCGCUCUCCCCGAUAUCUCCUAAAGUACGUAAGCUCCACGCCCGCACACGUCUUCUAGACGACAGUCGAACUCGACCGGCAUUACUACAAGAACUACUCGACUAUCUUCACUCUGAGCUGGAUGGAGAACGAGAAGAUGCAACAGCGAAUACACCAAGUUUAAGAAGGUUACAAAUCGUAAGAGAAGCUCUCAAUCGGCUGAUCGACGGCUUCAGUGUCUAUGCACCCGUACUGAUGCGUAUCCGAGACGAGUACGAACGUGCAGUGGAAGCUCUUCAUGCUCGAAGUUUGAUGGUUCCGGGAUUACAGACUCGACUUCAAAGUUUGGAGACUCACUGUCUUCGACAACUAAGUGCGUGUAGUGCAGAAGCGAAAGCUCGUUCCCUUUCACUUAAAAAACGACUAGCAGAGACUCAGGCGUUGUUAGCUGCAAGUGCAGCAGAAAAUGCACGACUCACAGCUGCUUUGAAACUCGAGAAGGAGAAAGUUACAAAAGUGGAGAGUAAACUCACGGAAGCUCAACAAUCCACGUUAACGCUAGCGAGUAGUGUACGUCGACAUGACGAGAGUCUACGAGCUGGACAGGAACGAUCUCUAGAGGAUGCCAGAGCGCUACAAAAAGUUACAGCUCGUUAUUAUCACGCGUGUGAUGAACUAGCCGAACUUAAGAAAACUGUUGCAGCUCUGGAAGAACAAGGGAAUGGAGAGCAUGUGGCUGCAGACAAGAACACGAUCGUGUUACUCAGUCGAGAAGUGCAGGAACUCUCUGCUGCUCUUACAGCGAGUUCUUCUGCGAAUUCGAACCAAAAUGAUGAUAACAGACACGUAGCGUUAAACCACGCGUUCAUAACAGGUUUGGAUGGUUUCGGACUGGAACUCGAGCUAUCGGAUCUGUUAGAUGGAAUUUCUACUGCGUCGACUGUACCUGAGGGUAUUGAGGCUACGGCUGCUAUGGUCACUCAACGACUAAAGCAAAAACUGCAGCAAUUCACUCUACUGGAUGCUAAAAGUGAGGAUCAAGGGCCAGUUACCUUUCUGACUGAACCAGAUGAACUGUUAACUUUGAAUGGAGGUGCAGGAGUUCAACUCAUGACUACUGUUCUAAACACAAUUUCGAGUGGAGAUUUCAUCGCUGGUAAAGGAUUGAGUCCUGAUGUACCCAUUUACUUGCAACACGACGGAAUCGUACGCAACCUUUUCUUCCCACGUACAAAAAUUGACCAACUUGUUGGACAGAUUUGGGACCAGUUCGAUGAGCAAGUCAGAGCUGCUCAUAAUCGAAAUUCCAUUAAUCGUACGAAUUCGGGGAGUGAGAUAACUGCGUUAAGCUCUACUGGUACGUCACUGACUACAGCCCUUGAGCGAUUUUUACAGCGAUCUCGAGACAAUCGAGCGGAUCGAGUGGAACUCGUCUACAAUUUCUUGGCUGGCUUAGAACGUUACAACGCACAGUCAAGUGCAUGCAGAUUAUUCCAUCUAGUUUACACUCAAGAACUCCCUGUCGAAGCCCGCAGUGAUCAAACUCGAGAACUGGCUAAGUUAUACGAGGCUCUUGCAGUCGUGGAUCGUGAUCGACACUUCUCUAAUUCUUCAGAAUUAGAUAAUUCCUCGACUAAUUCGCUGUCUCCAGGUCGAGUCUCACUUGCCGACGUGGUGCGAACUCUUCGUCUAACAUUCCCAUGGAAGUCUGAUGAAGAAUUAAGGCAACUGCAUCGAGCUCUGAUCGUAGAUUUACGUGGAACCUCUCAAGUGGACUACACAGCUUUGUUAUCCCAUGCACAUGUUAAUACGGCUAAACCGGGUGGACAGAUUAAGUGGCAAUUCGCAGAGUGCCUAAAGAUGCAGCGUCUCGAUGAUCUUUUAACGUUCCGACGUCAUGUGCAACGCCAAAUCCGGAGCCAUGUACUGCCUGGUGAUAAUUCUACGACUUUACCUGAUGAUACUGAGACGCUGAUGAUUUCGCUGCGUGAUGUUCGAGGCUGUCUUUAUACUGCAGAUUCUGCCAUGUCUGAGACUGAAAUUACACGGAUUUUAGGUUCUGUAUCUGGAUUAAGUGCACGAGAACUACUUACACACGACGAUAUGAUGCUGGAUACAAGACAAAUACUACAGCGUCUUCCAACUCUACUUCUAAAACCAACAGGCAGAUUCAUAGAUUUAGAAGUAUAA